GCGCAAACGAGGUGUGUGGUGUCUGUUUUUCCGUCGGGGUGGGGAUGCCGGAGUCAGAGCGUGUUCCGCAGGGCAGGGCAGGGUCGGCAGGGACGGCAGGGGCUGGGGCUGGAGCUGGGGCUGGGGCUGGGGCUGGGGCUGGGGCUGGGGCUGGCGCUGCGCGGCCCCGCGGUGGCUCCGCCGUGCGCGCAGGGUGACAGAUGACCUAUUGAAAUAAUUUGGGAGCAGGGCUGGCGUUGCCAGGACAACCAGCGCUCCUGGCCCAUGUGACGGCCCUUGACGUCAGGGGAGGCUGAGCCUGGUCCGUCAAAGCCGGAGACACAGACGGAGCCGGUGGAUGCUGGAGUCAUCCCCGCCGCUCACCCCGGGCUGCCGGAGCAUGGACUGCUAGCAACCCGCAUUUCUGCAGCGUGAGGUAAUACUUUAGCUCCAAUAUGGGAAAGCAGAACAGCAAACUACGCCCUGAAGUCAUGCAGGAUUUGCUGGAAAGUACAGACUUUACAGAACACGAGAUCCAGGAGUGGUACAAAGGCUUCUUGAGAGACUGCCCAAGCGGACAUUUAUCUAUGGAGGAGUUUAAAAAAAUAUAUGGAAACUUUUUUCCUUACGGGGACGCUUCUAAGUUUGCAGAGCACGUAUUCCGCACCUUCGACGCCAACGGAGACGGGACCAUCGACUUCAGAGAAUUCAUCAUCGCCCUGAGCGUGACGUCCAGAGGAAAACUGGAGCAGAAGCUGAAGUGGGCCUUCAGUAUGUACGACCUUGAUGGGAAUGGCUACAUCAGUAAGUCAGAGAUGCUGGAAAUCGUGCAGGCAAUCUAUAAGAUGGUUUCUUCCGUAAUGAAGAUGCCAGAAGACGAGUCAACACCAGAGAAGAGGACUGAGAAGAUCUUCCGCCAGAUGGACACCAACCGUGACGGAAAGCUCUCUCUGGAAGAGUUCAUCCGAGGCGCCAAGAGCGACCCGUCCAUAGUGCGUCUCCUGCAGUGUGACCCCAGCAGUGCCGGGCAGUUCUGAACCUGUCCUUUGGAUUAAUUAUGUACCUGCUUUUUUUUUUUUUUUUCUCCUUGCCAAACAACAUUCAUGGUAGUGUUGCCUCUGUAUGGCCAAUUAUGCCUUCAUUUGUGGCAUCUUAUAGCUUAUUUUGUUGUGGAUUAAUUAUAAGAAUGCUGAAUUGCUCUUAACAAUUUGUCCAGAGCACGAGCAGUACUGUUUUAAACAGAUAUUGUGGUGUUAUCAUUGUUUUUAAAUUUCCAUUUUGUUUUUGUUUGUUUGUUUGUUUGUUUGUAUCUGUUUUGGAAAGUAUGUGUUGAGGAGGAGUAAACCAACAACAAACCCCUUGGCAGCAAGACACACUGACAGAUUUUAGAUUGCUGCUUUAGUUGUUAGGUAUUCACCUGCAGGACCUGAAAGUGUAGUAAGGCUGAACCAAAGGGGUUGUGAUGGGUGGGGUAGGAUUCACCUGGAACCUCCUCUCCUGCCCAGGAGGCACCAGCUAAGAUCAAAGGCAGGACUGGGAAGAAGUAUGGAAGUGCAAAACAUGUGUGGGGUGUAUCAUCCACUCCUAUGCCUCGUUGUUUCAAUGCUGUGAACACUUUCCAGAUUGUGAAGGAGAAGGGACAAAAUGAAGGUUGACUUUUCUUUACCAGGUUUACAGUGGUUGAAGUCAUAUCUGGCUUUAUCUGUAAAUUCAGCAAUUUGCAAUCCUGAUCUCCAAAUCCACAACUGACAAUACCUCUUGCCGUUUGGGAUCAGCAAAAGCAGACACAGACAUGAAAAGCUGGGUCUUGGCAAUGAACUUAAGGGAGAUACAUGUUGAAUGUGAAAUUUUCAGGUUAGUCAUAGAGCAGUUGCUACUAGGGAGAGUGGGCAUUCUUGUGAGGAACUCACCUGCAGCAGCUCCAGCUAAGGCACACCUGCUGCUCUGAAUGCUCUUGCACAGCAGGAAGUUUUGGGGGUGUGUUUGUCUCUCUCCGUGUAGCUAACAGAGUUUCUGGGCCUGCUCUUAGGGGAAGGCUGUCAUCAAAACUUGUUUUAAACAUGAAAUUGUAGCAUUUAUAUUUCAUUUAUUUUAGUAAAGUUCAAAAAAUCUGUACUGAAAUGAGGAAAUGGUACGCUUUAUGAUAUAUUUAUAUAUAUAAAAAAUUAAAACAAAAAAAGAUCAGCUCUUGAGAGAAAUGUUGAAUGUUUAUCUUUCCGCCUAGGUACAGGAGAUCUGAAAUUUGCUGCUGCAGAAUUUUAUCCUCUGGUCAAAGUUGCUGUAUGCAAAGCUAGUACACACAUGUGGGAUUUCUUAGGGACUUCACAAGCGCUGUUGCAAAAGAAGAGCUGGAAAAGCUUUAGAACAGAAGGCAUUAUUCUGACUAAAUUGGCGUUAAUCAGUCAUUAGCUGAAGUCUGCUUUGUGAUCCUGUUGGAGAGCUACCCAUGCAGGCAGGCACGGUGUUGGGAAUUCAUGAGCUCGUUAGAGCAACCUUUGUCUGACAGGCAAAGCUGGCAUUGUGUCAAGUGACCUUGUAGAUGCUAAUCCCCAGUAGCCUUAAUUUAAAAAAAAACAAGUAAAAGAAGUCUGCUUUGCAGAUGAUGAUUAGCUAAGUACUAAUUAGAAGUCAUGAAUAAUCUUCUGUGGUACACUAACUAGCAUGUACAAUAACUGACAGAAGCAAUCCUAUACUCAAUUUUUCUAUAGUAUUUGCUUUGCCAGGUGUGAAGGGCAAAGCAUAUUAAGAGAAAAUAAAAGUAAAUUGAAAAUAACAUUGUUAAUCUGUUGUACUAAAAUUUUUAUGAGUGGCUAAUGGCACUCAAUAAAUGUCUUCAAGCACACAUCUUUGUCUCAAACAAUCAGAAAAAUCCAAUUGAUGAUGUAUUUCCAUUACAUUCAUCAAAAUACUGAGCUGAGAUGAGUGUGAGAAAAUAAGAAAGUAAAGGGGGCCCAACCACAGACACAAUAGAUUUUAUUACCCAGCACUUUCAGGUGUCACAAGCAACACUGGCAAGUUUUGCACCAAUUCUUCUGGCUGAUGAAAAUGUUCCCUAUCUCCUUCUCCCAGAUAUUAAUUAGACACCAUGUGCACAAAUCUAACCCUUGGAAGGACAGUCUGCCUGCCUUCCUCAAGGUAAUUUUCUGCUUUUUCUGGAGAGGUUCUGGCCCUCUCUCCCAUGCCCAUCACCUCAAGGAUUUUGACAGUCAUGUACUCCAGGGCUGUUUUCCAGCAGAAGGCUGGCCAGACUGCUGGGGGCUGGAAGGAAGGUCAGUGGGCAUGCCCUGGUCAGAUCUGCCAGCCAGGAAUGGCCAGUGCUGCUGCCCCAGCUGCUCCAGGGUGCUCCAUCACCAUCCUUGGGGGGACAGCACAGUGACACCACAGAGCCCUGCUGAGCUUCCAACCCCCUGGCUGGGGGCAGGCACCCACGUCCAAGGCAGCCCAGACCUGUGGAAGGCUUACUCCACUUACUGAAGGUGAACUCAGAUACCUUCUAUGGUUCCAUCUUCUUCUUAAUGCUGGGAAAGCAGCUGCAUGUGACUGAAGCUUUUAAAAUGCUGCCUUUUAUUUAAGUGACUGCAUACCACCUCUUUUUCAUUCUACAAGAUACUUCUGGCUCAGAACCUAAUCUCUCAGUUUGUUUUUGCUCAGUAGUUUUGGGGUGUUGGGGCCAGGCUCACCUCCUGUGUCACUCCCACACAACACAUGUUUGAAAGCACAACCUGUGCUGUGACCCCAGGCCAGCAGACAUGUAAUGCAUCCCACAGUUCACAAAAUUUGGAAUAAUAAGAAUUAGCUUACAGCUGCAGAGGUCAUGGCUGCAGAUAAGGCUAUUGUCUAAACAUUUACAGAGUGAACUAAGGUUAUUCUUUUACCUGACUGCCACUGGUGAUUGGUAUUAUUUUAAAUGAUUAACUAUUCCUUUCUUUCUCUCCCUCUGCAUGUACUUAAAGAGUGAGUAGUAGCUGAAGUUGUGAUAGGAACACCUGCAGACCUCAAAUCAGCAGGAUAAUCUGCACCUCAGAUUGAAAUUUUCUGCUUUGCUGUCAUUUGGAUUUGCAAGCAUAACUGCCUUCAUAAAGCUUUUGAAGGCAAAGUGGUGUAUCCUGUAUAAAAUAGCUCAGUAAUCAGACUUUUGAGUGAUUCAUUAGCAAUAUCUCCACACAGGAAGGAUGGCACAUAUUAUUUCAUAUCACCUCUCAAGUUUGUAGAUGCAUUCUCUAGUUUUACUUGAAUGUGCAAGAGGCAGCCCUCACUAUGUGUUGUCCAAAGGAUUAAAUGAGUACAUCACACAUGUGGACUGAACUCAUGGAAAAUGCCAGUCCCGUUUAUCUGAUGUUCCCAGUCAGCUUGUCAAACUCUGGGCCAGAAGAUGUGGAGUGAGGACUAUGACUUGUGAGUUUUGCAAUAGCCUGUCUCUGUUUUAGGGUGAUUUGGGAAGGGAAAAGGGAACACAACCCUUUUAAAACCAACACGUGUUCUUGUGAGCACGUAGAGUUUGAGAGGGACUGAAGAAACAUUUAUGUUUCAACAUCAUUUGAAGCCCUGUCAGUUCACAGCUCAAUGAUGUUCCUGAGGUAUCCAGGGCUAUGCUGUUCUUAGGAGCCUGUAGGAUUUUUAUCUUCUUCCUGAAACAUUCUGUCCUUUGUUGUUCUGUGUUAUAAGGCAUAACCUCCACAUUUUCUGCUGCUUAAAACAGUAAUCCAGAAGUGUGUAAAUUCCAUAGCUGGAUGAGGUCUGUGUGCAGAAAUAUUGCACACCAGCACAGGAGGCAGUCACACAUGACCAGAGGUUUGAUCACUGUCUCUGGGGGCUGAGCCCCAGGACUCUCCCCACUGAUGGCAGAAGUGCAAUAAUGCAGCUUAGCUUGAUUUUCUUCCCCUGCAGAUCAGGUUAAGUCGCAUUACCUUGCAUUUGCUGUGGGCACAGCCUGGUCCCAGCUGACUCAUGGAAACUUGGUGUACUGUGGUAACUUGAUGAACUUGAUGUUGAGCCCUAAUCUGCAGACUAAGCUGAGAUGAGAAGAUGGCCUUGGCCAUAUGUCUCACUCAGUCCAUGUGACCAGAGAACACGGUGACAAGUGGCAGGUCCCUGGGGACAUGGGCAGUGAGAAGGGAAUAUCCUGCCUCAGAACAACUGCCUGAGCUGAGCUGCCUCCUUUUAAAACUCUCCUUUCUAGCACUGCUGGUGUAAGAUGCAACAUGACAGCAAUACAGCAGGUCAGGAUGGAGGAGGCAUCCUUCAAGAGGUUCCUUUUGCAGUUUAGCCUACAAGUGCCAAGUGAAACAAUCAGACAAGGCUGAUUGCUGGCUGGACAAGUCUUCCUGAACCCAGUACACCACCUGUACACUUCCAGUUCACCAUCACCUCCUUUCCUCUUUGUCAUGGUGCUCCCUCAGUUUCCUGGCAUGGCAGCCCUGGGCUCAGCAGUCAGAGGCUGGGACCUGCAACAAGCCUGGUGGAGAAUAUUUCACCUGCCCUUUGCAGAGGCAUUUGGAUGCAUUCCUUUGCUCCAUGUCUUACUAAGUGGGAUCUCAUUUAGGAGUCUUAUUAAAGAGGGGAAAGUUGUUUUCCUUGAUGUCACAGGCUGAACUUGUGCUUAGAAAUGCAGAGAAACUUGGCAAGUGCCAGAGAGCUGAGCAGUGCUCAGAGCUGCAUGCAGAGUUUUCCACUGAUUGUGCAGCAGGCAGCUAAGAUAAACAGCAGAGAUAUGUCAGACACAUGGUGUGAUGUGUGUGAGAUAGGGCUUGACUAGAAAUGGCACCUUCUACGUGAGCAGCUCUGUCUGCUGCUCAUUCUGUCAGAGGUGCUGACAAAAUGCACUCUAAAAUUAAGCAGCAGAGCUGUUCACCAUACCCUGGCAGGCAGUGAACAAACAGCUCCCAGGAUGAGCACAAGGUUUUCCCCAAGUGCAGCUGAGGACAAAACAUUGCCUGUAGGAGUUCAUUCCUGGUCAUGGUAGAAAAGAAGAAGGGGAAGCUCCGUGGAUUCUCAAAGCCCAGGUGUCAUUUUGAAGGCUGGGGACAGUGGAAUGAGCACCUGUGUUUUAAGCACUUAGAAAAGACAGCAGGGAUUGUAAACUGGCAUGGAAAUCAGUGAUAUUAUAAACCAGGCCACUGCUGGGGCACUGCAGAAGCCAUUAGGUGCCUCUGGCCUUCAGUGAUGGAAGCAUCAGCUGGAUGUGUCAGUCUCCUUGCCCCUUGCAGAAACUAGCCCUGUAUACCAUGGGUAUCUAAACAGCAUCCCUUAUUCCAUCCAGGCUUUUGCUGCUGCUGUUUCCAAAUUAUCCAUACUGAGGAGUUGUUUCUGGGGUGAGGAUUUUCACAGGAUAAGAUAUAAAGCUUUUCAGAUGUACUGUCCAUAUCUUAACAAGAUGGAAAGGCCAGGUGCAAGGGGCUUCUCAUUGUUUCCCACAGGCUGUGUUAUUUUAAAGUGCAGCUGGGAUUAAGCUAUCACCUGUAAAAUGCUGACUAAUAAGCAAAGCAAAGAAAGAGUUGUAGUGAACAAUAUGAAAAGACUAGAGAAAUGAAAAACUGUAAAGACAUGCCUGCCUGUAGCCCAGGGUCUGGAUUUACACAGUGAAACCCUCUGACAGCAGCCAGCACAGAGCAGCUCCUCUACUCCAGCCCAGUCAGUGGCACCUCCUGGGCUGCUCCAGCCCUGUGUGUGGAGGCUGGGGCUCUGCUCCUGCCUCAGACAUGCUGUCUGAGAUUAUUGGGCAGGCUGAGGGCUUCCUAGAUCUCGAGGCACACAGCAGCCACCCACGCUCUGGGUAUUCACUUACUGUGCCCCUGAGAUGUUUCAGAUCUUCCCCUCUCGCCCUGACCUUAUACCAAAGAUGUUCUCACCUUCCCAGGGCGUGUGCUCAGGGUGUCCAGCUCUCCAAGUCUUUGCAGCCACCUCCCAGCUGCCAUCCCCAGCCUCUGUGUGCACAGAUAACAAACACCAGCCCUUGACAUGUGGAGGAGCCAAGCUUGAGGCACCUUAAUGGAACAGCUUCUUAUUUGGUUUCCCAUCUUUGGCUCACCUGUGUGUACCACACUAUUUCCUAUUAUUAAGUAAUGGCAUAUUAAACAUUUUAUGGGCACACUGAACCCCUGAAACAGCAGUUUGCAUUACUGUGUAUGUGUUGGUUGAGGCAGUGCAGACUGAAUCAGCCUGGGGCUCGCUCUCUGCUGCCCUGCUUUAUCCACAAGAGCUGGUUUAUUCCAGGCUGGAGCAGCACCUUCCUGUGCAUCCCCAUGCAGUGCCCCAGUCCUGGGAGCACCCAGGUGCUGUGGACCAAGAGAUAAUUUUGGCAUAAUUCUAUCAGCUGGAAAUACUUCUUCUUCUCUGUCAAAAACAAGAGUUGGGGGUGUGACCUCUUGUCUUCUCCUCCCUGGGGACAGGAGUUUCAGCAGUGUUCAGGGCUGGCCUCACGUUUCCCCACCAAAUGGGAUGACAGGAUGAUGGUGAUUAGCAAACCCACCUGAGAAAAUCCUCUUAGAUUCUAAACUUCAUUUGUGCUGCUCAUUGGCUGCACUCAGAGGGAAGAUUAAUGGGUCCAGUGUGGUGGCUUGGGGGAGAGCUUGCAGUUCCUUGCCACCACCUUAUUUCCUGUCAUUAUUCCCAUUUGCAGGGCAACCAGAUAGUUUUUUAUUUUUUUUUUUUCUGGAAGAAAUGAAAAUUCAAGUCCAGGGUUUCAAUGCAGUAAGGAUCUAAAGACAUCAUGCUUGAUGUUAGUGGUACAAAUGUUCCACAAAAUCAUGUUUCUUUGGUAUUUUGUGUUUAGUUUACUUAUUCAUGUUUUAAGCAUGACUGUGAUUUAUUUCAUUAUUUUGGAUCCUCUUAGAUUCAGCCCAGCUGGUCCUUCAGCUCUUAUGGAGAAGUCCCAAUGAUCACAAGAGCAGAACUGACUGAGAAUUACUAGCAAGGUGGGCACAUCAUGCCUGGUACAAAUGAAGAGCUUAAUUACCUUAGGGAUUUUUUUGUCUGCACACUUGCUUCAAGGAGACAAAUUGAGCUGCAUUUCCAUUUGUUUAUCUCUUCCACUCACUCACUUCAAUUCCAUCCUAGCAGUCUUGUAGGUAACAUUUGUAUAUUCCACAUUAUUUUGCUCUGGAACUUGAAGUGACCAAUAUUGUCUUCCUCUGACAGGAGUACUUAGUAAGUUUUAAUUUUUAAAUGCUGCUGAGUGAGUGAUGUGAUGGAUGCAAAAGUAAUUACACAUUUGUGUGCUGGCUUUGGCUGUGAUAGUUAAUUUUCCUCACAGUAGGCUGGAAUGAGGGUCAGGUUUGGAUUUGUGCUGGAAAUAGUGUUGCUAACAGAGGGAUGUUUUCAUUUUUGCUGAGCAGUGCUCACAUGGUGUCAAGGACUUUUCUGCUUCCUGCCCCACACCAUCAGCCAGGGAGCUUGAGGUGCACAUGGAGAUGGGAUGGGACAGGCAGGACAGCUGACCCCAGCUGACCCCAGGAACACCCCAGACCAUGGUCAGCAUAUAAAGAGGCAGAGGAAAGGAGGAGGAAGAGGGUGACACAUUCAGAGGGAUGUCAUUUGUCUUCCCAAGUCACCAUUAGCUGUGAUGGAGCCCUGUUUACUGGGGAUGGCUGAACACCUGCCUGCCCAUGGGAAUUGGUGAAUUAAUGCCUUGCUUUGCUUGUGCAUGGGCCUUUUGUGUUCCCUAUUAAACUGUCCUUAUCAUGGUUUUCUCACUUUUACCCUUCCAAAUUCUCUUUUCCAUCCCACUAGAUGGGAGUGAAUGAGUGGCUUUGUGGGACUUAGUUGCUGUCUGGGAUUAAAUCACAACAAUUUGUUUAAAUUUGGGCAGAUAUCUUUCAUGUCAUAGAAACUAAUAAAUUGAGAUAAAACAUGGCCAAGAGCUGAAUGGAUCAAAGAGUCCAGUUCCUAUUUAAGCCCAUGACCAUUCCACAGGGAGAGCUUUCUCUGUUCCCUCAGGCUGUUGCCUCAUUGCAGCAUAGAGUAGACAUAACAAAUUGAAUUCUUAAUGAUCUACUAUGAGCAGACUCACUGCAGCAGCAUGGAGUUCAGUAUAUCCUGUGUCUUGGCAAAAUUAGAUACCUCUCUAGAUGAAUGCUUUGUAAGCAAACCUACAUAUCCUAAGAAAGACUUUUACUAUUCAGAAAGGAGAGGGACAACUAUGAAUUAAAUUAAUUUGGUCCGCAUAUUUUUCUUACAGCUGUCUAGAAUUGCAUGUGUCCUGUGUGGUGUUGCCUGUAGCUGUUGUGAUGUGUUAAUUUCCCCCUCUGGCUCUGUUGUAAGCUCAUCUGGUGGUUCUCCAGCUGGUUCUCUGCCAGGCAAAGCCCAUGAGAAGGACAUGAAGAGGUGAGCAGCUUCCAGGCACACCAGGGGCAGCUUUUGGGGAUGUGCCCUGUGCUGUUCCAUCUUUGGGAGCCUGUACCUACAGACCAGCAUGUUAAACCUGCCUGAUAAAAUGGAAGUAGAUGAUCAGGCCACCAAGGAGAUGGAGAAUUUGGAGGAGGGUUGUGUGUGUUUUGUGCCCCCCAGCACGUGCACGGUUCCCCCAGCUAUUAGCUCCCAGUUAGGUCCUUUCCUGAGCUCUUAGUGUUAGAAUAAAGUUUUCUUAUGCUGAUAAUGUAUUUGUAUUAUGCAACUUACUCAGAAAACAGAAGAUUAUCUUUCUGUGGCUGUCCCCUCCUCUCGAGAAGCUGUUCUCCCCUGUACAUACGAUAUGCAGAAUGUAUGGGAGUCUUACCAGCGUUGGUUUGCAUUUUUAAGACUGUACUAAUUAAUGUGUGAUACUAUUGUGUUUUUGUAGUGGCAUCUUUGAUGUAAGAUGUAAAAACUAUUUAAUUUUUUUUUUGUUAUUGUUCUGCUUUUAGAGGUAGCACCAAGGACUGCAUGUUCACUAGAACCAGCCUUUUCAGGGGCUGCCAUAGCUGCACGCAGGCACCGGUGUUCACCCGGCACGUAGCACCUGCGUCCUUUUAACAGGGGUCAGUUUUGAGUGGAAACUAAUUCUUCCUGCAAAUCUAGUUUUGUCUUUCCCUCUCUCAGAUCCAAGGCUCCCCCUCCCACGCUGUGUGCCAGCCCUGGCCCCAGGAGCAGGCCUGGGAGGAAUGUCUCCUGACUCGGGGCACCCCGCUGGCAUCGGGCUCUCACCCCACAGCUCACCCCAUGCACGCUCCUUGGAACCUGGAUUUCCUGGGAACUGCUGGCUGUGCCAGCACAAAAACGGUGGGCUCACAUUGCAAGACCAUUUGUGCAAGUGACUUUAAAAUGAAUUAACUAAAAUUGAGGGGAAUUAAGGAAAAGAAGAGCCUGAGCGGCUAUUCUAGGGUCAGAAUCUUAUUGGGGUGCUUAAUAUAGCAAGAAUUGGGGUAAGUCCCUAAAAGACAGGACCAUUUGGGUGGCUUAGGUCUACGUUUCUUGUCAGGUUCAGAGAGUGAAGUGGGGCUCAGAUCCAGCCUUUCAGGCAGGCUGUGUUCCUAGAUAGACUGAGCCUGAGAUGCUUCUCCAGAUAGUUUUGUGGGCCAAAAGACAAGACAUGCUGCAGCUUAGGAGUUACUUUUCUUUCAGGUUUUUUUUUUUUUCUUUCAUUUUAAUAGAGAAAGCAGUUCAAACUGCACCUGGCAAAAUGACUGACUUCAAAAGCAUGUUUUUCCUUGUUAUAUAGACACUCACAAAGCAGCAUUGCGUGGCUAAAAAGGCACAUUUGUGACAGUUUCUUUCUCAGUGCCAAAAUAUAUAAGCAGUAUUGUUUGAAGGGAAAUGAAAAUUUUUUUACUGUAUUGUUAUUACUGUUGAACAAAUAUAUUGUUUUUAAAUGUUAGAUUUUGAAGACUUUUGUAUUGUAAAUUGUUUUGUGACACGGUGCUUUUUCAUACUGGAAUUACUGAUUGCACCUAAAUAUUAAUUAUUGCUUUCUUAUAUAAAUAUGUGACCUUGAACAAUCUUGAUGAAAACCAAUGUGUGGUGGAUACCAACAGUUCAAAAACAUUCACCUACUGAAAUCCCCUAAAUGUUCUUUCCUACUAAUAAACAUUCUGCUGCAGCUAGCAA